UUCCAUAGCACAAAUAUAAAAUGGUAUUAUCAGGUGAAAGAUAUUCUGUGUUUUAUUUUAAUUAUUAAGGUGGUUGUAAUAUCAGAACUCAGAAGCCAUAAUAAUAACAAGUUGGAAGCAGAAGCAUGAAUGUGGAAGAAGAGGUUGGACGCCUGAGGGAAGAAAUCAAGAGGCUUGGCAAGCUCCAAUCAGAUGGUUCUUACAAGGUUACAUUUGGAACGCUAUUUCAUGAUGAUCAAUGUGCAAAUAUAUUCGAAGCACUUGUUGGGACACUAAGAGCUGCUAAAAAGCGAAAAGUAUUAACAUAUGAAGGUGAAUUGCUGCUCCAAGGAGUUCAUGACAAUGUGGAAAUCACUCUUAAUGCCACCCCUGCUGCUGCUGCCAACUGAAACACCAUGUACCGCAAGAAUUUUAUGAAUGCUGGUUUUAUAGCAAUGAUUGAUGCUACUUUCUUCUAUUCAAUGUUAUUUAUUACGGUGUGAAAA